AUGUGGACUCCCUUCCUCCUGAGCUGCCUGCUCUGCACCCUGGGGAUAGUGGCACAACCGAGGUACCUGAUCAUCAUUCCAGCUGCCCUGCCCUACCCCUCAUCCCAGAGGGCAUGCUUGGACCUUCGUGGGGUUGAAAAGCCUAUUCGUGUGGCCUUAACCCUUGUGCACCCAUCUGGCAACCUCAGCCUCUACCGCAAGGUUGUCCGGAACGACUGGAUCUUCGAGUGCACCAGAUUUCAGGUGCCCCGACCUGCAGGCAGCCAGGAGGUGGCCACUGUGCACCUGCACAUCUCCAAUGGCCACUACUUCAGUGCAAGUGAAGAUAAAAAAGUCCUGAUCCACAGGGCUGGAACAGGCACCUUCAUUCAGAUGGAUAAGCCCAUCUAUAAUCCAGGACAGACAGUGAAAUUCAGGAUUGUGACGCUCACUGAAGAUUUUGUUCCUGUUAACAGCAAGUACUCCAUGGUGGAAAUCCAGGACCCGAACCAAAACCGCAUUGGCCAGUGGCUGGAUGUGAGACCAAAACAGGGCGUUGCAGAUCUCUCUUUCCACUUAGCUGAUGAACUCUCCCUGGGGACUUACACCAUCAGUGCCCAGUCCUUUAAGUCCAACUCAGUCCAGUCCACUACCUUUAAGGUGGAGGAGCGUGUGUUGCAAAAGUUUGAUGUUUUCUUCGAGGGACCAACUCAGAUUUAUGCUUCAGAUAAAACUUUCCCAUUGCAAGUGUGUGGCAGGUACAGUUUUGGGAAAGCAGUGCGAGGGACCGUGCACGUGACCCUGUGCCAGAAGGCAAGGAGAUGGCCCCAGAAUGCCAGCAAGGACAUCUGUAGGGAAUACAGUGGUCCUACAGCAAGCAAUGGGUGUUUCACCCCUUCUGUCAGCACAUCAGUCUUCAAUCUGACUCCCAGCGAGGAAGACAACAAACUUUAUGCAGAAGCCUCUCUCCUGGAGAUGGGCACAGGGGUGCAGAUCAACACCUCCAGCCAAAUCCUCAUCUCCAGGACAGCUGCAAGGGCAGUAUUUGAGACACCCAAUGAAUAUUACAUCCCUGGAGUACCGUACAGGGGGAAGAUUAAGGUUCAGGAUCACUAUGGAACUGGUAUGAAGAACAGGAAAGUUUAUCUUGUGAUAAGGUUCAUGAGGCGUCGCUUUAUCAAAACCUACAUCACAGAUGACAGCGGAAUAGCAUCUUUCAACCUCGACACUACUGCCUGGAACAGCUCAUCAGUCUCUCUGGAGGUCACUGGCAAGUCUGGAAUUGUUGUCAGGGGCCAGAGGAAUAUCCAGAUUGGGAAACUGAACAGUAAGUCGUGGCAGAGAAUGUUGAAGGGCUCGUUCUCCAUCCCUUUGACCUUCACUGCCGACUUGUCCCCAUCACCUUCCUUGGUGGUGUACGCCAUCUUCCCCAACGGAGGGGUCACAGCUGACAGCAUCCGUUUGGAUGUUGCCUUGUGCUUCCAAAACCAGGUCAAGGUACGAUUCCCAGGUAAAGAAGCCCAUGCAGGGUCAGCAGUGCAGCUCCAGCUGCAGGCAGCACCCGGCUCCUUGUGUGCAGUCCAGGCAGUGGAUGAAAACAUGUUCUUCACCAGACCAGACCGUGAGCUCACCAGCCAAAUGGUCUAUGGUUUGUUCCCUGCUGCCUACCAACGUGGAUACCCUGCCCAAGUAGAAGAGCAUUCAGAUCGCUGUGUGCAGCCUCAGUCCUUGUCAUCUCUGCUACGAGGAAGGCCACAACAGUCCUUUCAGCCUGACAUCUUCAACCUCUUCCGGAACAUGGGACUGAAAGUCUUCUCAAACCUUGUAAUUAAGAAGCCCUCUCAAUGCUCUCGUCGGAUGGAUAGGAAGCCAAUCAUAGGGGUGCCUUCUACAGAAGACCAAAGAAUCAAUGAGGAACAACCCCAAUUUACAACUCACAGAAGAUCUCACCACUAUUUCCCUGAGACUUGGCUCUGGAAUGUGUACUCUGUUGGAGGGUCUAGGGAAAAAAAAUCCCCUGUGCCCAACAUGCCAGUAACUCCUGCCCUUGCACCCCCUCUGUCAGCACUGUCCCCUCUGUGUUGCUGUGCCAUAUUAAUCACUGUUCCCAUCUCCCCAGGGUAUCAGACACAACUUCUUUACAAGCACAGAGAUGGCUCCUACAGCUUCUUUGGGCCGAAGGAUGGAGAAGGAAACACUUGGUUGACAGCUUUUGUACUCAAGAAUUUUGGCCAAGCCAGAAAAUACAUCUAUAUAGAUGACAAGAACAUCCAGGAUGCCCUACGCUGGCUAGAGCAAAACCAGCUCCCCAGUGGCUGCUUUGCCACCAAAGGGAACUUUUUUCACUCCUCCCUAAAGGGCAGCAUGGAUGAUGAAGUCUCUCUGGGGGCCUAUGUCGCUGCAGCACUGCUGGAGAUGGGUCUGCCACUGCAGGGCAAGCUGAUGCAGACUACUCUCCGCUGCCUGCAGAAGGUGGUUCACAACAUCACCAACAUCUACACAGAAGCCUUGCUGGCCUAUGCCUUUGCCCUGGCUGGGGACUAUGAGACAACCCAGGAGCUGCUGUACAAACUGGAGGAACAAGCCAUCAAAUCAGGAGGACAAAUCCACUGGAGCCCCAAGCCAAGCUCUCCAUCUUACACAGACUUCCGGCCUGGCACUCAGUCAGUGGACAUAGAGCUGACAGCCUAUGUGCUCCUGGCGUACCUCUCCAAGCCACGGGUGCACGCCGGUGACAUGACAACUGCAGCUGGCAUUGUGGCGUGGCUGAUGCGGCAGCAGAAUGCCUACGGGGGUUUUGCCUCCACCCAGGACACAGCUGUUGCCUUGCAAGCCUUAGCGAAAUACGCAGCGAGGACGUUCAGCACAUCAGGCCAGGCAGUGGUGAGGGUGAGGUCCCAGAGGGCCUUCGGGAAGGCAUUCCAGGUCAGCCGCCAGCAGCGGCUGCUGGUGCAGCAGGCAGCGCUGGUGGAGAUCCCGGGGCAGUUCCUGCUGCAGGCCCACGGCAGCAGCUGCAUCUUCACUCAGACGGUGCUGAGGUACCACAAGCGCUCCCCAGGGACUCCUGUGAUCUUCACGCUGCGUGUCAGCACAGAGCUGAACAACUGCAGCCAGGCGAAUCCGCGCGUCCUCACCGUCCGCAUCCUCACCAGCUACAUUGGGAGCAGAGUCACAUCCAACAUGGUGAUCAUAGAGGUCUCCCUGCUAUCUGGAUUCAUCAUGACUUCCAGAUCCAGAGUGCUGCUGGAGAACAGAACCAUUGUUAAGAAAAUAGAAGUGAAAGCUAAUGUGGUCUACAUUUAUCUGGAGAAGCUCAAUGACGAAUCUCAGACUUUCAUUCUGCAACUGGAACAAGUAAUUCAGGUGAAGAACCUGAAACCAGCUGGCAUCAAAAUCUAUGAUUACUACCAGCCAGAGGAGCGAGCCUUGGCUGAAUACAGCGCUGUCUGUAGUUGAGGAAUGAUCACAUUUCAGCAUACAGUCCUGUAUAAUGGACAUCCAUCACUGUUCCCAUCCCAGCUGGACACAAAUUCACGGUCUCACCUCUUCCAGUGAACCUGCCACGGGGCUGUAUCCAGACAGCAGCUC